CAAAGANCUGGAUGAAAAAAGUAAUUAGUUCCCUUCUCCUGUUGCUUGUGUAUGCAGCAUACGGAGAUGAUGAGAUAUAUUCAGCUACCUUGGAGAAUGGAGGAUAUUCUUCUAAGUUUUUGAUCCAGAAAGGAAACUAUGAUGAUCCAGUUGCAAGAGGAAAGCUCAGUGGGAGCAUACAAAAGUCAGGCUGGGAGUUCUUCCAAGUAGUAACCAGUGGUGACUACCAGGACAACCAGCAAGCAUUUGUUGUUGGCAUGCUGGAGGGCCAUAUGACGUCACAUUUGAUUGACAUGCACUGGCAGAACACUUUGGCUGAUUACUGCACGGAGGACCCAGACUUCUGCUUCUCUCUUGGUCAAUUCCUCGGAGAGAAUCUGUCUUGGAUGAAAUUUCAAAUACAAAACAACCCAACAGAUGAGUACUGGCACCAGGUCGAACUUGUUCUUGAGCAGCUUGAGGGUCUGAAAGAGGGAUACAAAGAAAAAAAAAGUAAAGCAGAAGGAGCUGUCAUUCCUGAUUUCGGCUUCCUCUUGAUGCAAGUUGCUGGUGACUUGGAUGGUUUGGAACAAGCCUUUGGUCGAAAAACUCAGAGUAAAAGUUUUGGCUCAGGUUCAUGCUCCGCACUUGUCAAGCUGUUGCCUGGUAACAAGGAUUUACUGAUUUCACAUGACACGUGGGGUCCUUACAACACUAUGCUACGUCUGUUUAAGUUUUAUGAUUUUCCAUUUCAUCGUCAAAGCAUCACAGGUGCCAAUCUCCCUGCUGUUGUACCAGGAGUCAAACAAUGCUUUUCUUCCUACCCAGGAAGGCUCCUGAGUGGAGAUGACUUCUACAUGAUCAACAGUGGAUUGUUAGUACAAGAGACAACCAUAGACAACGAUAACCCAGCCUUGUGGAAAUACGUUCAACCUGUUGGCACUGUUUUAGAAUGGAUCAGGAACCUGGUGGCUAAUCGCCUCGCCACAACGGCGCGGGAAUGGGUCGAGAUUUUCUCUAAGUAUAACAGUGGAACCUACAAUAACCAGUGGAUGGUUGUCAACUACAAACAAUUUGUUCCGAAUGAACCGCUUGUACCCGACACAUUCUGGAUUCUUGAGCAACUGCCAGGAACUGUCAUAAUGUCGGACAUGUCCGAAUUUCUUGAGAAGGAACGAUACUGGGCAAGCUACAAUCUGCCAUACUUCCCCAAAAUCUACAACUUAAGUGGCCAACCAGAGAAUGUCAAGAAAUACGGUCCGUGGUUCGAUUAUCAUUUGAACCCAAGAGCUCAAAUCUUCAAAAGGGACCAAGGAAAAGUAAACGACUUGAUUAGCUUCAUAAAGUUAAUGAGAUAUAACAAUUACAAAGACGACCCUUUGUCCAAGUGCUCCUGUUCACCUCCGUACAGUGCAGAAAAUGCUAUAUCAGCCCGCUCCGACCUCAAUCCUGCAAAUGGUUCCUAUCCUUUCGGUUUUUUAGGCCACAGAAACCACGGUGGUACUGACUGCAAGGUGACUAGUUACGAACUAUUCAACAAAACGUUGUCGUGUAUGGCGGUCAGCGGUCCCACUCACGACCAGCAGCCUAUCUUUAAAUGGAGCACGUCGGGCUGGAAAAGGCCCAUGGGACAUCCUGACGCCUGGAACUUUGAACCAAUCAUGGUGAAUUUUUCCGCCUUUUGAGUAUUGGAUAAAACUGAUCAAGAUUUCAGAGACUCCAGGGCCCAGUUGUUCGAAGGCUGAUUAGCACUAACCCAGGGUUAGAUUUUUAUCCAGCUUUCCACAUUUCUCUGAUCAAAAGCCGUUUUGGGAUAGUUUUCCCAAUUCUUUUUAGAACAUUGUUAACAAAUGGAAUUAAGCUGAAUUUUC